AAUCCAUUACCAUGUACAAGCAGUGACCAAUAGAAAAGGAAGAAGAAGAUCCAAGAAGGCUGAGGUAAGCAGUCUUCUGAAGCCCUGUCAAAGUGGAAACAAUAGAUCAAAGGUGUUCAUGGUGACUGGGACGAGUAGGUUUCACUGUUUCUCAUAGGAGGCUUGACAGCUUAAAGUAAAAACAAAUUAUUUUCGUCAAAGAUUUUUUUUUCUCUUAACUGAUUUUUAGCCAACCUCAGACUCAGACACAGGACUCAACGGUGUAUUCCUGGAAGGCAAGGUGCUAUAAUGGCAGGCACAAUCUGUUUCAUCAUGUGGGUGUUUUUCAUAACAGACACUGUGUGGUCUAGAAGUGUGAGGCAGGUCUAUGAGGUACAUGAUUCAGAUGAUUGGACUAUUCAUGACUUCGAGUGUCCCAUGGAAUGUUUCUGCCCACCCAGUUUUCCUACUGCUUUAUAUUGUGAAAAUAGAGGUCUCAAAGAAAUUCCUGCUAUUCCUUCAAGAAUUUGGUAUCUUUAUCUUCAAAACAACCUGAUAGAAACCAUUCCUGAAAAGCCAUUUGAGAAUGCCACCCAGCUAAGAUGGAUAAAUCUAAACAAGAACAAAAUAACCAACUAUGGAAUUGAAAAAGGAGCCCUAAUCCAGCUGAAGAAGUUGCUCUUCUUAUUUCUGGAAGAUAAUGAGCUAGAGGAGGUACCUUCUCCAUUGCCAAGAAGUUUAGAACAAUUACAAUUAGCUAGAAAUAAGGUGUCCAGAAUUCCUCAAGGGACCUUUAGCAAUCUGGAGAACCUGACCCUUCUUGACCUACAGAACAAUAAAUUAGUGGACAAUGCCUUUCAAAGAGACACUUUUAAAGGACUCAAGAACCUCAUGCAGCUAAACAUGGCCAAGAAUGCCCUGAGGAAUAUGCCUCCAAGAUUACCAGCCAAUACAAUGCAGUUGUUUUUAGACAACAAUUCCAUUGAAGGAAUACCAGAAAAUUAUUUUAAUGUGAUUCCGAAAGUGGCCUUUUUGAGACUAAAUCACAACAAAUUGUCAGAUGAGGGUCUCCCAUCAAGAGGAUUUGAUGUAUCAUCAAUUCUAGAUCUUCAACUGUCGCACAAUCAACUCACAAAAGUUCCCCGAAUCAGUGCUCAUCUGCAGCACCUUCACCUUGAUCAUAACAAAAUUAAAAGCGUGAAUGUCUCUGUAAUAUGUCCCAGCCCAUCCAUGCUGCCUGCAGAACGAGAUUCCUUCAGUUAUGGACCUCAUCUUCGCUACCUCCGUCUGGAUGGAAAUGAAAUCAAACCACCAAUUCCAAUGGCUUUAAUGACCUGCUUCAGACUUCUGCAGGCUGUCAUUAUUUAAACACAUUCUCACCAAAUCUAAAAUUAGUUUAAUGAGCUAAUGUUUCUGACAUGAAAUGUGGUUACCAUUAAUAGGUUUAGGACACAAGUUAUAUUCCCCAUUGCUCUCGGCCACCAUUUUCAUUUGUGCAGUGUAUUUUUUCUAUUCAAAGAUGCUUUUGCCAGUUACAUGCAUCAAGCCUGCAUUAAUUUGCUUUUCUUUUAAUUAAUAAAACAGACACAGAGUUAAGAUAGUUUAUCAACUCAAAGAUAGUUUUAUUUUGGUCUCUUCCAUAGCUUAUUAACACUAAAUAACACAAUUAUAUUCUUAUACAAUAAAAAGGACAUAUUUGUGUAUGUUUAAAAUUACUUAUGCAGAUACCAUAAUUUACAGUAUAAAUGUAAUAAUCAAACAGGAGAAUGACCUGAAGAAAAUGAGAAAAUAAAAUAUUUCUUAAUUGUAAUCAUAAUAAAAUAAUUGCAGAUUGCUAAGUAGCUGUUGGCGGUACAAGUUUGAUAUUUAGCUUCAGAAUGGGCAUGGAAUGAAUCAAAUACUUCAUCACUAAAGAAUUCUUGUUAUUUAAUAUCAAAUAAUGAAACAGCAGUCAUUUCUAGUUCAUUACCAUUUCUUGUAGCUGUUGUUUUUAGAUAUAGUCCACUGUAUUCUUAUAAGUUCUAAAUUUUAUGUUUAUUAUAAUGCAUUUCUUGUGGAAUCUUAGUGUUUUAACAUUUGAAAUCCACUUAAAUUGCAAAUUGUUCUUUAUAUUUGAUUGUGUUUUUUGGAUUUUCUAAAUAAAAAUAUUGAAUGCUUUCUAACAAAGCAGAAUAUUUCAAAGAAAUUAGCAAGCUUCAUUGAAGAACAUGUUUUAAUAAAAAUGUAUUAUAGU